UUCCCUCUGCCUCUUUACCUGUCCCGGUGCCGGAGGGAGCGAGAGGGCGGACGGGGCGCUAAGGCAUUGGCUCUUGGUCCGUUCUGUGGCUUCUGAUUGGACCUUGUGGGGCAGGCGACUCCGCUCCGUCCUGGGCGCCCCGACCUAAGUGGCUUCGGGUAACCUGCUCCUCCCGGGAGGCUCCUUUGGCUUCGGCCAGCAUGGCGAGCGGGCUGGUUUUAAAUCAUGAGCUCUCAAAACUUUUCAACCAGCUGUGGGAUGCCGAUGUUAACCGCUUUAGGCCUGGCCAAGACUACACCAUCUCCUUGCAGGGGAAGGCAGACUUUGUCCCCCAAGGUGCCCACAGAGCCACCGACCAUGCUUCUCAGGCUCUGUUCCUCUGGGUGAACGAGGGCCGGUUACAAAGCACCAAGACCUUUGCAGCUUUUAUCUCCCUUUUGGAUAACUACGAGACGUCAACGGGUAUAGCAGAAGUCGUGACCCCGGAGGAGGAAGCAGAAAACAACCUGUUCCUGGAUGCUCUCUUAGAGACGGAGGUGAUGAAGCUCACCCAUCAGUAUCUGGUGAGAAAAAACUGGUCCAAGCCCAGCCGGACGGAUUUCAAGGCUCAGCUCUACAGAAUCUGGUUCCAGCUGUACACUCGGGAGGGCUACCAAGGGCCUGAUUCCUGUGGUUUUGAGCACGUGUUUGUGGGUGAAACGCGGCGAGGACGGGACAUCCUGGGCUUCCAUAAUUGGGUCCAGUUCUACCUGCAGGAGAAGCGGGGAAAUAUCGAUUACAAAGGCUAUGUGGCCAGGAGGCACAAGAGCCGGGUGAGUGGGCUGGUGGUGGGGGGCGUAGAGGGAUUGUCAUCCUCCCUCUGCCUUCUCUUUUUCUUCCUUCCUCUCCAUCCCACUUUUUGUGGUGCUUUCACUCUCCUCCCUUAUCACCUUUCUAUUCCCUCUUUUUUUUUCCUGUUUUUUUCCUCUCUCUUCUGUGCUCCCUCCUUUCUUUUCCUUCAUCUUCCUCCUCUUCCUACAUCCUUAUUUCCUUCUCUCCUUCCUUCUCCUUUCCUCUUUCCUCAUCUUUCUUAUUUUCCCUUUCCUUUUUUGUUUCUUUCUCUCCUCUCCUAUGCUCCCUCCUUUCUCUUCCUUCAUCUUCUUCCUUUCUUCCUUCAUCCUUCUUUCUUUCUCUCCCUCCUCCUUUCCUCUUUUCUCAUCUCUUAUUUUCCCUUUUUUCUUCCUCUCCUCUCUCUUCUAUGCUCCUUCCUUUCUCUUCCUUCCUCUUUCUUCCUACAUCCUUAUUUCCUUCUCUCUCUCCUCUUUUCAUCAUUUCUCAUCUCCUUUUCCCUCUUUCCUUUUUCUGUUUCUUCCUCUCCUCUCCUAUGCUCCCUCUUUUCUCUUCCUUCAUCUUCUUCCUCUUUCUUCCUACAUCCUUCUCUCCUCUCCCUCCUCCUCUUUCCCUCUUUCCUCUCUCCGAUCCUCCUCCUCUCUGGCUCCCUUGCUCUUCCUGCUCUCUCUCUUCUCCAUCGGGUGGUUCCCUCUCCCUUGAAGGAAUACGCUAUACCAAACCGAUUUCUGCCAAAGCUCAGCCUCUCUUCCCCCCCUCGGCUCCCCCCUCCUCCCCUCUGGUUGUAUCUUGAACCCAGGAUUUUGUCUCCUUGCCCUUUCCUUAGCUUCCCUCCAGAUUCAGUUGAGGUGCCCCCUCCCAUAGGAUUGUGGGGAAGAUCCUCCGAGAUGCUGGCUGUGAAGUGCUUUGCCAAUGUCAGAACCCUAUAA